CUAUCAAGCGAUACAUUUCAGUGGUUCUAUUCCCCACGUUGACAGCAACCACAAUUUGGGCGGAUUACAGUCGUACUCAGAAGUGGAAGAAAAGCCAAGCCGAAGCUAAAAACUCCGUAGUGCAGAACCUAUAAGAUGACUGCAGCAAGUAAAGCGUUAUUCUACAAGCAACUUAAAUAUGUACCCAUUCCUUUUAUAUUCUUUGCAAUUGGUCAUUAUUUUGAUCAACAAGAAGUGUAUAGAAUGUCAGGUUUGAAAGAUAAAACGGCAUUGUAUAGACGAGAAGUAGCGCCUGGCGAAUCUCCUACUUGGUAAUUGAAGAUAGGUGAUGUUACUUCGGUAGCUGACCUGUAGCACAUGUUUAUGUAUAAUAAAUAAUUAUCACCCCAAAAAA